AUGCCUAUGAAUGCCUGGGGAACUUGUGUUGACAAGUUCACAGCCCUCGCCUAUCGUUCAUGUCAUCUGCUUGGAUAUAGCAGGAAGUCUACGGACAACAGCGACUAUUCUGACGAGUCGCUCGAAUCUGAACUUUCCCGUCGAUGCUUUUGGGCUUGCUGGACAUCUACAUGCAUCGUUAUGGAACCAGAACCAUAUAUCAAAUUGGCCUGGCAGGAAGUGGGCUUGGUGCCGCUUCCGGGACUGAUCUCCAAUACGUCGUCCGGUUAUACGAUAACUCUAAAUCAGACAAUGGAUGAGAACUGGAUUUCCAGAUCCUUGGAUCGUCGGAUAAGCAGUGACAGCUACCCUGGGAGUGCAGCCAUCUUAAUGAAAAUGGUUGGUGUAUGGGCAAAAAUUCAACAAUUGUGCAAAGAGUACACCUCUGCUCCAAAUGCUCAAAAUUUUGGCCAACUCGAAAGGUUAUCUCACUUGGCAACAUCUCUAUAUGAUGAGUCAACCACCUUGAGAAAUUCUGGUCAUCAGAAUGAUCCAACAACCGAAGGCGAAAGCCUAUUACUCAUCCACGAUGCGCUCUACCACCAAUGUCAAAUAGCUGCCCAUUGGAUGAUUGUCCCCCUUCUUUCGGGUAUCCCUUCUGACCUAACAAUUAGAUCUGAUAAGCAAAGAGAAAGUGCAGAUACUGUUCUAAAACAUGCAGAGCUGCUUGAACGGUUACUGGCGCCUUAUCUCUAUGGUCGAAGUGAUAUUUCAUGUCUGCCUCCCCUUGUUGGCUUUGGUGCUUUUGUCGCAGGUAUUGUGCUUCUGGCAACGGAAAUUUCCCGCCCGGACUGUGGAGUGAAUGGAUCAUUCACAAAAGACUGUCGGGAUGGUCCCAGACUACCCGCAGUGAGAACGAUUGUGCACUUAUUAGAUCAUCUGCGAGUCUAUUGGAGAGCGCUGGAACGUCCGUGGGAAACCUUGAAUUCUGCAUUGUCGACAGACUCUUUCAGGUAUAAAAGACAUGCCACACCAACGAUUGUAAGAGGUGAUCGUCGUGCGGCAUCAUCUAGUGACUGUGAACAUCCCGAAAUGCCUGCCGGAUACAAUCAAAAAGAACUUGAAGCCCAACUCUGCUCGUCUACAGCUCCCUUGAACGGGAAUGGGUUAGGGGCGCCAGAUGAAUUAGGACGAAGUGACUCACCCAUCGAUCAGGUCAGUCUAUCACGCGACUAUGACUGGUAUAGCUUGUCUUUCGCGGAGGCCGGACUUGAGCAGUUUGCUGGGCUUGAGCCUUCUACACUUUUUCAGCAAGGCUGGAGGGCAUUUGGCUAGUUAUCUACCGCCCAGAGAACACCCUGCAAUAAUAAAAAAUGGCUCGCAUUGACGGCUUGCCAGAAAGUCGGAC